UCUCUUCUCUCUCUCUCUCUUCUCUGUCUCUUAAAAUCCUCCUCCUAAUCCCUCCACCAUGAACUCCACUCCAUUUUCACCAUCCAACGACAAUGUCGCUCCUCUCUCUCCCCUCCUCCCCCUGCAUCCCAAUCCCGACCCAUCCUCAGCUGGAUCUCCGGAGCAAAUCCAUGGUGGGAUUCGCUUCGCAGAGUCCGGGGAAUCGGCCGGUUUUCGUCGUCGGUUUCGGCGGCGGCGGCGGCGGCGGUCGCGGGCGGAAAAUUGUUGGGAGUGGAUGGAGUUUCGUUGGUGGGUCGAGAUUGGGGCUCCGAACGAGGGUUGUGGAAAUCGGUCGCCACAGAGGAAGAGGAGGAGGAGGAGGGUUUAGCCCUUCGGCUUCUUGGAUAACUACCUCUCAAAUUGCUAGCUAUGCUUUCACUUGGGGAACAGUUGCUGUCCUUCCAUUCUACGCUCUUAUGGUUCUAGCUCCUAAUGCUGAAUUCACAAAAAGAGCUAUGGAGAGCAGUGCACCAUAUGUCAUCCUCGGUGUCCUGUAUGCCUAUCUUCUUUACCUAUCAUGGACACCUGAUACGUUGCGAUCUAUGUUUGCAAGUAAAUAUUGGUUGCCGGAGUUACCUAGCAUCGCAAGAAUGUUUACGAAUGAAAUGACUGUUGCCUCGGCAUGGAUUCAUCUACUAGCUGUAGACCUUUUCGCUGCAAGGCAGGUAUUUCAUGAUGGCCUGAAGAAUAAGGUAGAAACAAGGCAUUCAGUGUCUCUGUGUCUUCUAUUUUGCCCAAUUGGGAUUGCCACUCAUGCCCUAACAAAGGCCUUAGCAAGAGGGGCUAAUAGGUCACAUUGAUGAUGUAAUUAGACAUAACAUAUUGUUUUCUCUCCUGUUGUCUUUUUUUUUUCCAAUUUAAUAAUGCGAAACUACAGCUUUAGUUGUAAAGCCAAAUGAAUGUUGUGCUUAUUACAAAGGGAAAACUUCAAAUACC